AGCAACCAAUCGCGACCAAGACGCCGGGCGCGCGCACGCUCCCUCGAGUUUAACGGUCACGAGAGGCCGAGCGCCCGACGCUGACAUCCGCAGUGGGAGCGGCGGCCAGACUCUCCUGGGACCUUCGGAUAGUUCACUUCUGAAUGUCAGCAACUGAAAAUGCUUGUAGACGAUGAAGCAUCUGAAGAUGACUCAGAUUCAGUUUCUUCAAACAAUGCAAGAACCUGAAUUUUCAAAUGAGAGCAUGUAACAAUUUCUGUACACUAUGGAAGAUUUUGACUUGGGGAAACCCUCACAGAAAGCUUCAUCUUCUAUAGAAUCUGAUAUAAAAAAUUCUCCUCAUUCUCUUGGACUGAACUUAAAUACUAAUAGAAGUAGUCCCCACCUUAGUACAAAUGGGGUAUCCUCUUUCUCAGGGAAGACCAGACCAUCUGUAAUUCAAGGUACAUUUGAAGUCCUCACCUCUUUAAUGCAAGAGCUACAAAACAGUGGAAAGACUGAUUCGGAACUUUGGAAAAACUGUGAGACCAGGUGGUUACAACUAUUCAGUUUGGUGGAAAAACAGUGCCAAGAGCAGAUAGUGGCUCAGCAGGAGCAAUUCCACAACCAGAUUCAACGUAUACAGGAGGAAAUAAAGAAUUUAGUCAAGUUACAGACCAAUAAUGCUUCCUGGGCUUCCUAUGAUAGAAGUUCUUUAAGCAAACAAAGAUCUUCAGAAAGUCAAAUGGGUUUUUUUUCUGAAAACGCUGAGAGAAAUGAAUAUGUUAUCAGUUAUCCCAAGUCUGAAGAGUCUGAAAUGCAGCAAGAAGCAUCCCUGUCGCAACCAGACUGCAAUGUGGAUAGUAGCUCAGUGAGCAGUGGGUAUGGAACCUUUUGCAUCUCAGAACUAAACACCUACAAAUCUAAGGACGCUCAAGAUUUCAUGGAGCACACAGAGGCUGCUGAAGGACAGUUUGGAGCAGCGGUGGUGCCAGCGGAGCCGCUUGGAGACGGAGUGAAAAACCAGAGCUUUUAUAUUCAUCCAAAAGAAGAGACUCCCAUUUUCCCCGGUGAAUUUGAACACAGUUUUCCUGGUGAAAGUAAGAUUUCGGAAGUAUACAAUGGAAAAACAAACAAUAAAUCGAUAACAUCAUGGGCUCAAAGGCUGAAGCAGAACCAACCAAAGAGAGCACAUAAAGAAGAGGGCUACUCAAAAUCUAUGCAAGGAGAUGAGCAAACCAAGAAAUCCCCAAUUGAGAAAUCUGAUUUCACUGCUGAUACACAUUCUCGAGUUUUUUACUUCAACAAACCAGAUGAGGGUCCAAAUUCUUGGAUGUCUGAAUCAGGAACAGGACUGACUUACUGGAAACUGGAGGAGAAGGACAUGUAUCACUCUUUGCCUGAGACUUUAGAGAAGACAUUUGCACCAGCCUCCUCCACGGAUAUAUCACCAAGCCAGUCUAAUACUAGUAAUGAGAUGAAGCCACCAUCAUUGAAGGAUAUUUAUCAUAAAAAACAAAGGGAAAACAAGCAGUUACCUGAGAGGAAUCUCACUUCUGCUUCCAACCCAAAUCAUCCGCCAGAGGUAUUGACUCUGGACCCAACGUUACACGUGAAGCCAAAUCAGCAGAUUUCAGGGAUUCAACCACAUGGUUUUUUGAAUGCUCUUGAUGACAGAAUAUCCUUUUCACCGGACUCUGUUCUAGAACCUAGUCUCUCUAGUCACUCUGACAUAGACUUGUUUUCACAAGCAAGUCAUAUCACUUCUCAGUUAUCUGGUUUCCCAAAAUAUCCUACAGAUGCAAAAAUUUCGCCAGUGGAAUCUUGGAAAAAUCAUGCAUUCCGAAAUGAGAGUAGGACCAGUUCCACGUUUCCUUCAGUAUAUACCGUUGGUAGUAACGACAUCUCAGUCAGCACUGUAGAUGAAGAAAACCCUGUCCUGGGACCGCCUGUCUCGGUCAGUCAGUCCCAGCUUCCAGGUACAGCCAAUGGUGUCCCAGAAUGCAUUUCACUGACUUCCGUGGAGGAUCCUGUGGUAUUGUCUAAGAUUAGGCAGAACCUGAAGGAAAAGCAUGCUCGACACGUAGCAGACCUUCGAGCUUACUAUGAGUCGGAAAUAAAUAGUUUGAAACAGAAACUGGAGGAAAAAGAAAUUUCUGCAGCUGAAGACUGGAAGAAAACCAAUCAAAUUCUUGUAGACAGAUGUGGCCAGUUAGAGAGUGCUCUGAAUGAAGCUACUAGUCGUGUGAGAACACUUGAAAAUAAGAAUAACUUACUGGAAAGAGAAGUGAGUGAUUUCAGAGAACGCUUCAACGCAGCCAGCAGUGCCUCCAAAAUUCUGCAGGAACGAAUUGAAGAAAUGAGAACAAGUAAUAAAGAAAAAGAUAAUACCAUUAUUCGACUGAAAUCUAGACUUCAGGAUUUGGAAGAGGCAUUUGAGAAUGCUUACAAACUCUCAGAUGAUAAAGAAGCAAGACUAAAACAAGAAAACAAAAUGUUUCAAGAUCUUUUAGGAGAGUAUGAGUCCCUUGGAAAAGAACACGAAAGAGUAAAGGAUACAUUAAAUAUAACUGAGAACAAAUUGCUUGAUGCACAUACUCAGAUUUCUGAUUUGAAAAGGACAGUUUCAAAACUUGAAGCUCAAGUCAAGCAAGUAGAGCAUGAAAAUAUGUUAAGUCUUCGUCAUAAUUCUAAAACUCCCAUGAGACCCUCACAUGCCAACACACUGGCGGGCUCAGACGUCAGUCGGAGGAAGUGGCUGAUCCCGGGAGCGGAGCAUUCCAUCUUCACUGGGCAGCCCCUGGACACCAAGGUGGACAGCCAGCCGGAGGACACCUGCCUUCCUGGGUACCAUUCUUCUCUGGAAAAGGAUCUUUCACCUGGAAGUUCACCAAGUUUAUUGAUAAAAAAGCAGAGAGAGACUUUAGACACACCAAUCAUGAAAGCUUUGAAAGAACUUGAUGAAGAAAAAGUAUUUAAAAAUUGGGGCACACAGACAGAGAGAGAGGAUACCUCAAAUAAAUUGGUGAAUCCUCGGCCAACUGACUCUUCAGUCAAUGCAAGUCGGUCCCCAGAGAAAGGUGCCCAGCAAAGACAAAAGAGGUUUAAUUCUGCUUCACAGAGAUCAUCAUCUUUGCCACCUUCAAAUCGUAAAUCGAGUACUCCAACAAAAAGAGAGAUUAUGUUAACACCAGUGACCGUGGCGUAUAGUCCAAAGCGAUCCCCUAAAGAAAACCUGUCCCCAGGAUUUAGUCAUCUACUUAGCAAAAACGAAAGCAGCCCAAUUCGAUUUGAUAUACUUUUGGAUGAUUUAGAUACUGUUCCUGUGUCUACUGUACAACGUUCCAAUCCAAGGAAACAACUCCAGUUUCUUCCUCUAGAUGACUCAGAAGAAAAAAAAUACUCAGAAAAACCCACUGACAUCCAUGUUAAUCAUAGCUCUUCCCCCGAACCAUUGCCAAACGGAGCGAAGAAAGUCUCCGUGAGACCAGCCUGGGAGAAGAACAAGUCAGUUAGCUAUGAACAGUGUCAGCCUGUCUCCACAGCACCACAGGGUAACAAUUUUGAGUAUACAGCCAAGAUCAGGACCCUAGCUGAAACGGAACGGUUUUUUGAUGAACUUACAAAAGAAAAAGACCAGAUCGAGGCAGCACUAAGCCGAAUGCCUUCUACUGGAGGACGAGUCACUUUGCAGACAAGAUUAAAUCAGGAAGCCUUGGAAGAUCGUUUGGAGAAGAUUAAUCGAGAGCUGGGUUCUGUUCGUAUGACGUUAAAGAAAUUCCAUGUUUUGCGCACCUCUGCAAAUCUCUGAGAUUUGUAGUCAUUAAAUUUUGAGACAUUUUUGUUUGCACUAAUGUAUAAUUAUGCACUCAAAAAAGGCGAACUAUUUUAUACUGUUUCUAAGCCUUCAAACGUAGUUUUACAAUCAUGCUAUUCUUUACACUUGCUAUUUUAUACUUCAGAUGGCCACAUAUUUUCAAGAUAUUUUUGUUAUGCUCAGGAAUCUCUUGUAUAUUUUACUAUUUAAAAAGUAUUAUUUUUAAAUAGUAUACGUCUCCUGUUUAUAUCAAGAAUAAAGAAGUAUAGCAGGGGAGGCAGCUUUGUUUCUAAACAUAGUGUUAUCCUUUUACGAUAAACUUUGCACACCAAUUUUAUAAACUUGUUCUACAUUGUGAAUAUGAUCUAGUUUUUUUUUUUAAAUAAAUGCUUUAGAAGAGCUUCCACAGUGAUAGAGUAAUACAUGCUGAAUGCAAAAAAAAAAGCAUACCCUAGAUUUAGCUGUGUUGAAGUUUUUUUAAAAAUGGUAAUGCAAUUCCUGUUUGAAACAUGUCUUAGAGUGAAUAUUAGCGUUAAUAAUGGAAAUGUUGGAAAUAAUGGAAUAUUGGAAAGCUCUGAAAGUGAGAAUAUUUCAUUGUUUCCGUUAAGCUUUCUUAUUUGUAAGAAAGAAAAAUGCUAGAGAAGAAAAUCUCUAAUUGUGUGAUAUAUGUAGUACUUUCCAGAAAAAGUCGGUUGGAGAGCUGUAGCUUUCUGCCCAUCUUUCUGAAUGUAACUUGUGUCCCACCUUUGACAAUGAGACGAUAAGAAGCUUUGAUGAAAUACAGGCCACCACCCAGUGAGGUUGUAAGAGCAGUUUCCUCAGUGUACACAGCCUCAGCUGUCAGAUUGUCAGGAAGACGGUUUUAACAUCUCUCCACCAUCCCCCCACCCCAUCCCCCCACCCUCCCGAGGAAGAAAAACACUUCCAUAGUGGCUGCUGUGAGAACGGUAGGUGGAGGUCAGAGCAGCUUACGCUGCUUGUUACUGCACAGGUAAUGUGUCUAGAUAGAGCUCCGUGCCUCUCGAUUGGCCUUGCUGGGUGGCUCCCGCCCGCUGCCUUGGCAGUGCCUCCUGCUCUCAGAAACUCCACGUAGGCAGCAGGCUGUGAUCUGACCAGAAGUGCGGCAGGUAGAGGUCCUGACUGCUGGUCAAGGUCCGGGCUCCUCAGCUGCUCACUUUUUUGGUGGCCAGUCAGAACCCAGCACCCACUCAAGCUCAGUAUGUGUUGAUAAAUAAGACUCAUCGCACACUUUCAACACUGAUUCCCAUUGAUUCAGGUUUUAAAGUUUGGUUUACUUUUGAGCUUUUUCUCCUCCCCGUGGCUCUUAAUAGCAUGUAGUUACGGUGAGCCAAGCCACCCAAUGUUCCACUAGGGUCUAUGUAUGCCUUCGAGCAGGGAUCUCAGAAUCUUUGAGCACCCUUCACCAAAGCUUCCGCUGCCUGAGCUCCAGGCCUGGCUCCCUGCUCAGCGUUGUGGGGGGUUCUCAGCAAGGGGAACCGACUGACAGCUGCCUCUCCUGCUCCUUCCUGUCCAUGAAUGAAACCUUUGCUUCCACCUACUGCAACCUGUUGAAGACCUCCAGCUAAUCAGAGUUACUCAUCAGAAUUAAGUGCCUUACUCCCGGUAUUUUUUUCUAGUCUUUUUUUUUCUUUUCUUUCUUUUUAAUCUCCUAGUUCUAGUGAAGAAAACGUUCAUUUUAAUCAAUCUCCAGUAUAGCUGUGUCAAAACUUAAUAAAGGGAUUGACUUUACCGGUGAUACUCCCUUUAAUAUGUUCCCAUACAUGACAUUAAAAACUCACUUGAAAAUUGUUAGCCUGUUUCAUUGUUCCCUGCUUUUAUUGUAAAGUCUGUUACAUUCCAAAGAAUAGGAAAUUGCCCUUUCAGAAGAGAUUAGUUUUAUCUUACCAGGGAGUUUUCUUCUUAGUAGUCAUAUUCCAGUAUUUAAGCCCCAUUAAAGUGUCUUCUGUGCCUCUCAGGAAACAUGUGAUUUGAUUUGUGACAUGUCAUAAACUGGAAGUAUCAGUCACUUCAGAAAUUAAAAAAAAAUUCUUUUCUCUCCAUAGCUGUGAAGGACACCAAGGAAAAUCCUUCCAACCUUCUUUCUUUUUGGUAAUGCUUAACGUACAACUACUCUGUUUAAAAACAGCCUAAAA